AUGACUUGUAGUGGCCUCUUUCUGAAAGCUGCGCCUCUGCUCGAUUGCCUCGAGAUUUGCGGAUGGCGGCAAACCUGGCCUGAUCGGGUCGACCGAAUACCUUUGACGACGCUCUAUAGGAAUGUUGCGGCAUAUAUUACCAAGAUGGGGACUCAACUCAAGGUUCUCACAGUUCGUACCAGGAAAGACGAGAUAGCGGGCGAUGAAGGCGACACUGAAGAUGCGGUAAAGGACUUGUUGUGCUCGUUUUCAGGCCUGCAGGAACUCGAAAUCGACUUCUUAUCUAUUCUUUGCCUUGACUUGGAAACUUGUUUUAGCGCGCACGGGACACUGAAGAAGUUGCACGUCUCAUGUAAUCGAUGGGUCAAUGGGGCCUCUCAUUGGAACUCGAAGAUAGUACGUAUCUUGGAAUUGUGCCCAAAUGUGCAAUACUUUGCAUAUAGCAUCCGGAUAAGUUAUCCCGGAUACGCCAUGGACUGCCAAAUUCUAUUCCCAUUGUCCCCUAGACUCUAUGAGGUACUCGACACAAUUUCAGCAGCUCCAAGUAUCCGUGCGCUCCGCAUAUUGAGUGGGCUUGGUUUUUGGGAAGAUGAAGCCAACAGAGAAGACCGGAAUUGGAUCGAAAAAGUUGGUCAGAUAGCGCAUCACUUUGCUACAGUAAUUCUGACGCGCCUUCACUCAAAAGGGUCAAUUAUCAGGCUGCUUGCUCUGUCUCCUAAUUUGCGAUGGAAACAGAGUCGUGGCGAUAGUAAUCUACAAUAUUACCCGCAUUACUUUUUUAGGCUUAAGAUUGUCGACGUUGAUGGCAGAAAUGUUAUUGAGGCGGCUCCUCUCCGGGACUAUGUAGCAGAAUGCCCUGAUGCUGCCAUCUUUGUGUAG